CGUAGGGGGAGGGAUGCCUGCGUGAGGAAUAAAGCCACAGGCAUCUUUUAGUAGUAGCUAUUCGGCGUGGAUGUACUCGUAAAUUAAGAACAAAUUCAGAUUUUUUUUUUCCAGAAAGCGUUUUGUUUUUAUGCCUAAAAUCAGCACACGGUGCUUCUUAUCAGUCGGUAAUUAACGCGCGUAAAAAUGUCCAAAUUAAACAUCUAAUAGAAAAAAAUAAUAUUAAUAUCAAAAACGCUUCUAUAUUCGAGACCUAUUUUCGGCAUAUUUCGCGUUCUUAAUAUGUGUUACAUGGCCAUCGGCCUGGACACACCACAAUCUAUUUCCAGAUGAUGAAAACAGGGGGAAGCUAUGCUCUUAAAAUGGCAGAGAUGGAUUUAAAAACAGCCACAUCAGCGAUGGAAGCCUUGGUUCGCGCCACCUCUAACAUGAAGAGCCUGGAGCAUGAGUUGCAUUGCCCCGUGUGUAAGGAAAUAGUUAAACAGCCUGUGGUCCUGCCAUGCCUGCACAGCGUCUGUCUCUUGUGUGCCUCCGAGGUCUUGGUAGCAAAUGGAUACCCGCCUCCAGAGCUUCCACCAGAACCCAACUCACCAGCCUCCACACCCAACACCCGUUCACCUCGUCAGGCACGCAGGCCCACACCUAAAAAUGAACAACGGCCCAUCGACCGCGUGCUGCGUUCAGGUCCACACCCCCCUUCACCAUCCAUGCCACGGUCUCCCGGUUAUGGGACGUACCCAGGUAGACGCCGUAAGGAAGGUCCACCCUUGGUGAUGAUGUUCCCCUGUAUCCCCUGCGGCAGAGAUGUUGAGCUGGGAGAGAAAGGCCUUACUGACUGUCUGCGCAACCUCACCUUGGAGCGUAUAGUGGAGAGGUACAGACACACGGUGAGUCUGGGCAGUGUGGCUGUGAUGUGCCAAUUCUGUAAGCCGCCUCAAACUCUGGAAGCCACCAAGGGCUGUGCUGACUGCAGGUCUAAUUUCUGCAAUGAGUGUUUCAAACUCUAUCACCCAUGGGGAACGCCACGGGCGCAGCAUGAGCACAUCCAGCCUACACUCAACUUCAGACCAAAGGUGCUGACUUGUCCAGAACACGACCAGGAGAAGCUGCAGUUCUAUUGUCGGUCAUGUCAGCGGCUGCUCUGCCCCCUCUGCAAACUGCGCCGCAUUCACACCGGACAUAAAAUCCUUCCAGUGGCCCAGGCGUACCAAGCGCUGAAGGAGAAGAUUACAAAGGAGAUGAACUACAUUCUGUCCAACCAGGACACAGUUUUGGCUCAGAUUACCCAGCUGGAAAGUUCCAUCACACAGACUGAGGUAAACAGUGUGUCGGCCAGAGAGCAGCUGGCUCAGAGCAUCAGGGAUUUGACGGCCGCCCUCGCCGAGCGUCACGCUUCGCUCACCCAUGCUCUGGAGGGGGCACGGCAGAAACGAGGCGAGGCACUGGCUGCUCAAGUGGCGGAGAGACGUGGCUUGUUGGAACACCGCCGCUCUCUCUGUUUUCACUGCACUAGGCUGAGUAAAGCAAUUGAGAAUCUGCAACAUUUCACACUAGCGGCCGAUCCAUCAUUCAGACACUUCCAGCUGGACGUCUCCAAAGAACUUAAACUCCUGACAGAGUUGAACUUCAUCCAGGUGCCCUUGGCUCCAGUGAUCGAUACCCAGCGUAGUCUGGCCUACGACCAGCUGUUCUUGUGCUGGCGACUGCCCCUGGAGUCUGCACCAUCCUGGCACUUUUCUGUAGAGUAUCGCCGUCGUGGUGUAGUACCAGGAGGAGCGUCCAGAGGUGGGAUCAGAGGAGGACUGGCUGCUGCACGCUGGGGCUGGCAGCGAUUGGACGAAGUGAGUGGAAGCAGUGCUGUGAUUGACAGGUUGGAAAUGGACAGCGUGUACGUGCUGCGGGUGAGAGGCUGCAACAAGGCGGGCUACGGAGAGUACAGUGAGGAGGUGUACCUGCACACCCCGCCUGCACCAGUGCUUAACUUCUACCUGGACUCUCGCUGGGGUCUCCAUGCCGACCGCCUGGUGGUCAGCAAAGAGCAGCGUUGUGCCCGCAGUGUUCCUGGUCUCUCUCUGCUGCAGGCUGCCGACCACGCCCUAACUUCCUGUCACCUGACUUCUGACCUACUUGUAGGGGAUGUAGCCAUUACACAAGGACGGCACUACUGGGCAUGCUCAGUGGAGCCUGGGUCUUACCUUGUGAAGGUGGGAGUGGGCCUGGAGUCCAAACUGCAGGAGUGGUUUCACCUUCCACAAGACAUGGCCAGUCCCCGCUACGACCCAGACAGCGGCCAUGACAGCGGCGCAGAGGAUGCCCUGGAUUCUGCGCCGCCCUUCUGCUUUCUGACUAUGGGGAUGGGUAAAAUCUACCUGCCGCAGCACAGCUACCACCAUCAACAGCGGGACACCAACAGCAACGGCCAUUCAUCGCCCGCUGGCCUCACUUACCCGCUGCCGCCCCGGCUCGGUGUGUGCCUUGACUUUGAGAAAGGGCGCGUCACGUUCUACGAUGCCCAUUCCUUGCGGCCUCUUUGGGAAGGCCACGUGGAUUGCACCGGCCCCGUGUGCCCCGCUUUCUGUUUCAUUGGUGGAGGGGCCCUACAGCUUCAAGAGCUGGUAGCCAAUCGCAACGCAGAUCAGACUCCGGUCAGACGGGUGACCAUCCAGCCGCGAGUUUCCAAUUUAAAUAAUGGCUGAUCUGAAGUUGGUAAUCGGGAAUGUAUUUGGUUAAUUUGUGAAGUAUUUACAAAGCUAGAGCGAAAAGUUAGACAUCUCAGCGACUUUGGUUUGUAUUUAAUUUUCUUCUACAAGAAAAUGUUUCUAUAGCAACAAAUAUGCAAUGUAAUUAUGUUUCUUACAUUUUUGUUACAUGCAGUUUUGCAAGAGUUACUGCUUAAGUAGUGUCUGGACUAUCCAGCACCUGAUAUGUAAUUAUAUCUUUGAUGCUUGCACUUGUAGCCAGGCUAUACUGCAUACAUUUAUAAUGCUAAUGUAUACAUAGCUUCACACAGUGUCGUCUUUCAUGUAGAAGCUUUUAUUCUGUCAUUUCGUGUCCUUAAUGGUUCUCUUUUGUUUCAGAGAUAUGAACAUUAUGUGAAUACAAAAGAGCUUUUAUUGCAUCUAUAACUAAAUCUGUGUUUAACCACAGCUAAUGCUAGUCAUUCAGCCAUUAUGAUCCCAACCAAAGUGAUUGUUUUUCUGGGAUGUAAAUGUGGUAAAUUAGAGGUAGAGAGGAACAAUGAGGCAAUACUGUAAUUAGAGGCUCCAAUUAUACCUCUGCUGCACAGCUAAUCACUAGUUUCCACACUUCUGUUUGUGCAUCGCUGUUUUGGAUUUCAAAUAGUCUGAUGUUUGUCUGUGUGUGUGCGUGAGUGUAUGUGUGUGCAUUUGGGUGUUUAAUUCCCUGUUUUCACGGGGGCGUGUGGCUUGACUGAUAACGGCACCGACUGGCAGAUAGUGAAAACUUGUUUUCUCGCACACAAUACUUUGGAUUUUUUUCCCCCAACCUUGCUUGAUUGUAAGUUAAUGAGCAGCGCUUCUCAUGAAAAGAAACAGAAGAUUAACGUGUAAACUUCGUCUGCUGACAGAAUGUUUGCAAAAGAAAAAUGGAUUAAGGAAGGAAA